AUGAAGUUCGGUCAUGUGCUUGUUCCACUCUUUCUCUUUCUCUGUGUGUUGGUUUGGAGCUGCUCUGAGACUGUCCAGUGCCAGGCCCAAACCCUACCUCAAAGUGAAGUGGACGCACUAAAGAAGAUUGGGGAGAAGUUGGGUAAGCAUUGGAACUUCACUGUAAACCCAUGCAGUGGGACCUCCGGAUGGGUGGAUCCCUCCAACUCCAACCGGGAUGUGACGGCCAAUGUUACGUGCAGCGCAUGCAAGGCCAAUGACUGCCACGUCACUAGCAUCGUCCUCACUGGCCAAAACCUCACUGGUUCCCUCCCCGGGGAGUUCUCUAAUCUCACUUUCUUGCAAGUCAUAGAUCUCAGUAGGAAUUAUCUCAAUGGCACUAUCCCUGUUGUGUGGGCUUCAAUACCUCUCAUCGACCUUGUGCUUACGGGAAAUUGCAUUACUGGACGAAUUCCUAAUGAGCUCAGUAGGAUCACUACCCUUGAAUCCUUAUAUUUGGGAAGUAACUUGAUUGAAGGCCCGCUUCCACAGUCUCUUGGCAAUCUAACAAACUUGGCGAUACUUGAACUUACAGCAAAUGCCAUCAAUGGGGGGCUGCCAGAGUCAUGGGGCAAUCUUAAAAAUAUGAUUUACUUCCUAAUCGGUGGCAAUCCCAUCACUGGCAAAAUUCCUGAUUUCAUUGGAAAUUGGACACAACUAGUGGAAUUAGAGAUGCUAGGCACCUCCAUGGAAGGGCCUUUUCCUCCCAUCUUCUAUACAUCGGGAAACAUGAGAAAGCUGGAAGUUUCUGACCUGAUAGGAGGUGAUGGGAAGUUUCCACCAUUGCAGAACAUGACAGGAAUGCAUUCCUUGGUUUUGAGGAACAUGUCAAUAACUGAUGCACUACCUACUUAUAUUGGGAAUAUGACAAUGCUCUACAACUUAGAUUUAAGUUUUAAUGCCUUGACUGGACCGAUUCCAGACACCUUACAAAUCCUGAAGUACCUUCAAUAUUUGUUUCUUAACAAUAACAAGCUAACUGGAGCAAUACCAGAGUGGAUGUUGACAAGUGGAAUUCACAUUGAUAUGUCUUACAACAGUUUUGACGCACACAAUGCACCAUGCUAUUGCUCUACAGGCAUUGUGAAUAUGGUAUCUAGUUAUUCAUCAACAGAUGACAAUUCGAUAAAACCAUGUUUGAAGAGGAACAACCCCUGCUCUGGGGUACCAGAAAAUGACAAAUUGUUUAUAAACUGUGGCGGCAGCAGUAUGACCAUUGAUGGGAAUGAGUAUGAAGACAACAUCGACAUUCAAGGGGCAUCAUAUUACCAUGCUAAUGGAGAAAAAUGGGCUUUUAGCUCUAGCGGUUACUUUCUGGGCAACGAAGACCAAUCAUAUGUUGUGAAUAAUGUGUCGCCUAUAGUAGGCGCAUCCAAUGCUAAUCCUAAAUUGUAUACCACCGCUCGUCUGAGCCCCCUCUCACUUACAUACUAUGGUCUUUGCCUUCAGAAUGGAAAUUAUACAGUGAACCUGCACUUUGCUGAGAUAAUGUUCACUGAUGAUCAAACUUAUUCCGCUGUAGGAAGACGCUUCUUUGAUGUGUCUAUUCAGGACGAGAGGGUCUUGAGGGAUUUCAAUAUUGCAAAAGAAGCUAAUGGGACAGGUCGGGCAAUCAUCAAGAGCUUCAAUGCUAUGGUAAAUAGCAACACUCUGGUGAUUCAUUUGCAGUGGGCUGGGCAAGGGACCAGGAACAUUCCUCAUUGGGGGGUAUAUGGACCUUUAAUUUCAGCUAUCUCAGUUACACUCAACGACUUUAAGCUGGAUGCUCAUGAAAAUCUUGAGUUAUAUAAAGGGACAUUUAUGGGCAUUUUGUUUGCUGGUUGUGUGAUGAUUUUCUUGGUCUCAGUAUUCAUCUUGUUUUUCUGGAUAAGAAAAGAUGCUGAAAACAAUGAACUUCGAGGACUGGAGCUACAGACCGGAUUUUUUACAUUAAAACAGAUCAAAACCGCAACCAGGAACUUUGAUCGUGCAAAUAAGUUAGGAGAAGGGGGAUUUGGACCAGUUUACAAGGGUAUUCUGCCAGAUGGUUCUCUGAUUGCGGUGAAGCAACUUUCUUCAAAGUCUAGGCAAGGGAAUCGCGAAUUUGUGAAUGAGAUAGGAAUAAUAUCAGCUCUACAGCAUCCCAAUCUUGUUAAGCUUUAUGGUUGUUGCAUUGAGGGAAACCAGCUAUUGCUAAUCUAUGAAUUCAUGGAAAACAACAGCCUCGCAAAUGCUCUGUUCGGUCCUGAAAAGAACCAACUAAAAUUGGAUUGGCCAACAAGGCUUAGAAUUUGUCUUGGCAUAGCUCAAGGCUUGGCAUAUCUCCAUGAGGAAACAAGGUUGAGAAUUGUUCAUAGAGACAUCAAGGCAACUAAUGUGCUGCUUGAUAAAGAUCUCAAUGCAAAAAUAUCUGACUUUGGCCUGGCUAGACUUUCUGAUGAAAAUGCAACCCACAUAAGCACUCAGAUUGCUGGAACUAUAGGAUAUAUGGCCCCUGAAUAUGCAAUGAGAGGUUACUUGACGGAUAAAGCGGAUGUUUACAGCUUCGGAGUGGUCAUAUUAGAGACUGUCAGUGGGUUGUGCAACACUAGCUACAGGCCAAAGGAAGACUGUCUGCAUCUUCUUGAUUGGGCUUAUAUUCUACAAGAGCAGGGCAGGUUAGUUGAACUUGUUGACAAGAGUCUAGGCCCAAACUAUUCAAAGGAAGAGGCAGUGAUGCUGUUGAGUCUAGCUCUCACAUGCACCAGUUCUUCUCCAUCUCUCAGGCCUACAAUGCCGGCGGUAGUGAACAUCAUUGAAGGCAAAAAGCCUGUGCCGGUGUUACCAAAGAAGGGCACAGGCUCAAACAGUGUUCCCAGCACUUGGGUUGGGGCCUUUGAGAUACUCUCUCACAACAAUAGGCCGUUGGUGAGUUCAUCAAAAUAUAAUGAGCCCUGGAUGGAGUCUGUAGUAAGUACAAAUGUUGAAGAGGAAGAAGACACUUCAUCGACAAGUGGGCUUAUUUCUGAUUACUCGCAUUAAUCAUUUGAUGGUUAUGAUUAUGACAGCCAUGAGACUGGAUUAAAAUAUUGGCCAGUCAGGGACAAACAGCGUAUGGU